UCGCAUCACAUCAGUUUGCAUUGAGGCAUAAUUUGAACUCGAGAGUCUCCCAUCAAGAUAAAAGUUUAAACCUUGAAAGAAUCCAACAUCUAUUUCUACCUCCUCCUCCUCCUCUUCUACUUCUUUCCUCUACCCAAUUUAGACAAAGAAUAUCUGCCUUUUGGCAUUUCUCACGAUUGUUACGUGGUUUGCAACAUCCAUCCUGCGCCGGCAUCAUUAUUUAUAGUGGCAUCACUGGGAGGGGUAUCCACAGCUACCUAAUACCGAUAGGUACCUCAACCUGCCUCCUGAAUUACAAAACCAAGAACUCAAGUCUCUUCGACUGCGAGAGUUAAGACCAAAGUAACAAUUCGCAAAUAUGAAUAUUAUCAAGUUGCAGAGGUAUGUAAAUAUUCUAAUAGACCUAUUAAUUAGUCAAGCCCACCUUUGUCUAACCGUUUUCCUUUAUAGGAAGUAUCCUCAAUUCGCGCAGGAUGAGAUCUUUGGUCUUCAAGAUGCCUUCCGCAAGCUCGACGUGGAUGAUAAGGGAUAUAUUGACGAGGCUACAGCUAUUAAAGCUACACAAGGGAGCGAAAGACAGCCUUACGAUGUUGUAAGGCAGGCUUUAAAAGAGGUCGAUCUUGACUCGUCUAGAAGAGUUGAGCUAGAGGAUUAUGUAGGAGUAAGUUUAGGCAAACAUCUAUUUAGCACAUUGACGAAUAUCGACUAAUCACCUUCAAGCUUAUUUCCAAGCUACGGGUUUCAUCACCAGCACAGCAGCGCAUGUCAACCGGUCCACAGAGUCCUGCUCGUGGAAUAGUAUCUCAACACACCGGAGGGGCAAGCGGACAUGCUUCAAAAGCAAGCAUCAGUGGCCGUAUUCAAGUCCAAGGAUCUUCAUCGAACGUUACCCAUACCAUUAAUGAGGAUGAGCGAACGGAAUUUACUCGUCACAUCAAUGCAGUCUUGGCAGGCGACGCAGAUAUUGGCUCGCGUCUGCCAUUUCCCACAGAUACAUUCGAGAUGUUCGAUGAGUGUAAGGAUGGUCUAGUAUUAGCCAAGUUGAUCAACGACAGUGUGCCGGAUACUAUUGAUGAGCGUGUGCUAAACCGCCCUGGAAAGAAGAUCAAGACUCUCAACGCAUUCCAUAUGACUGAGAAUAAUAACAUUGUUAUUGAGUCUGCGAAGGGUAUUGGUUGUUCGGUGGUCAACAUUGGCAGUGGAGAUAUCAUAGAAGUCCGAGAACAUUUGAUAUUGGGUCUAAUUUGGCAGAUUAUACGAAGAGGUCUGUUGAACAAGAUCGAUAUUAAGCUUCACCCAGAGUUGUAUAGGCUCUUGGAAGACGACGAGACAUUGGAACAAUUCUUGAGAUUACCUCCCGAGCAAAUCUUGCUUAGAUGGGUCAACUAUCAUUUGAAAGCUGCGAAUUGGCCACGAAGGUAGGACUAAUCUUAAGGUAGUCAAAACUUGCUAACAUUCUAUCAGAGUUGCGAACUUUUCUAGCGAUGUGAAGGAUGCCGAAAACUACACUGUUCUCCUAGCUCAGAUUGCGCCAGAGUUUUGCGAUCGUGGACCAUUACAAACAGGCGACCUUUUGCAGAGAGCGGAGCAGGUUUUACAGAACGCUGAUAAACUAGACUGCCGAAAGUUCCUUACGUCUAGUUCCCUUGUAGCUGGAAACCCCAAAUUGAACUUGGCUUUUGUUGCCAAUCUCUUCAAUACCCGCCCGGCACUGGAUCCGAUCACCGAAGAAGAGAAAGCCCAGGUUGAUGAUUUCGACGCAGAAGGCGAGAGAGAAGCAAGAGUUUUCACUCUCUGGUUGAACAGUCUCGAUGUGCAACCUGCUGUAAAUUCAUUAUACGAAGACCUCAAAGACGGCACCAUUAUCCUGCAAGCAUACGACAAAGUUAUCAAGGGUUCCGUCAAUUGGCGCCAUGUAAACAAGGUGCCUGCCGGUGGAGAGAUGUCGAGAUUCAAGGCUCUAGAGAACACAAACUACGCUAUCGAACUUGGGAAACAAAACCGUUUCUCAUUAGUUGGUGUUCAAGGAGCAGAUAUUUACGAUGGCCAACGGACUCUUACACUUGGUCUCGUUUGGCAAUUGAUGCGCAGAGAUAUUUCCGAAACCCUCACAGCCCUUGCUCAACGUCUCGGAAAGCGUGAAAUUUCAGAUGCAGAAAUGAUCAAAUGGGCCAAUAACAUGUCACAGAAGGGAGGCAAGGGCUCUACCAUCCGCUCUUUCAAGGAUCAAUCAAUUGGAAGUGGUGUCUUCCUUCUUGAUGUUUUGAACGGAAUGAAGAGCAGUUACGUUGAUUACGAUCUCGUGACACCAGGGACGAAUGAGGAUGAUGCUUACAUGAACGCCAAAUUGAGUAUCAGUAUUGCAAGAAAGAUGGGAGCGACAAUUUGGUUGGUGCCAGAGGAUAUCUGCCAAGUUAGAAGUCGCUUGGUGGUUACUUUCAUUGGUAAGUUUAGAUUUCCUUUUUCUUUUUCAGCUUGGGAUACUUCAAAAUAUGAGUUCUAACAUAUUCUCAGGUUCCCUGAUGGCUACAUAUGAGAAGAUGCAGUAAUUGGCUGCUCGGUUGACGGAUGGGCGGAUUGAUGGAUGAUGGGAAAUUAUGACGGGGAUGACAGAUAGCGCGAUGGUUGAAAGUGCGGGUGAGGCGAAUCAAUGGCUGUAGGACAUAGAAAAGCAUUGGUAUUUCAUUCUAUGAGAGAAAGGGUGGAUUAUUGACUAUUUGAUUAUGAGAAAGAGUUUUCAUGAAGAUUACCAAAACAACAAAUACCACAUACAGCAUGGCAUGGCAUUGUAUUGUAUUGUAUUGCAUUUCAACGAUACAACAAACAGGAUGGAUCUAAUGACUGCAAAAUAUAA